CCAAGCCGCUAUUCAAGGGGCUGGAGUCGAGGCUAGUGCAGCAGCUCCACUCUCCUUUGUAAAUAAGCUAGCCUUGCAGACAAAAUGAAUGUCUUAACUUUGAUACAAGGAGGAAUGAUUAAUUACAGGACAAUAAUAAAAUUAACACUUAGUAAUUACCUACACCUUGAGUCCUGUCUCUAGAGAUUUAUAGCAUUAUUCCUAUAUAUGUCAUAGAUGGGGAACAAAUUAGAGGUACCUAUAGUUGAUCUGAGUGGCAAGGUGGCCAUAGUGACUGGAGGGAACACUGGCAUUGGCUAUGAGUUGGUCAAGGGACUGGCAGAGAUGGGUGCUCACACCAUCAUGGCCUCCAGAUCAGAGGAGAGGGCCACUGCUGCAGUUGCUUGUAUCAAAGAGAGUUCUGAGAAAAAUCUGAAAGUGGAGUUUAUGCGUCUGGACCUUGGCUCCAUCCAGUCCACUAAGGACUUUGUGAGGGCAUUCAAAGAGAAUAACCUGCCACUGCACAUACUCAUCAACAACGCUGGUAUUGCCUGGAUACCAUACACAAAAACUGACGAUGGAUUUGAAAGGACUUACCAGGUGAACCACCUUUAUCCGUUCCUCCUCACCUUGGAGCUACUACCCAUCGUCUUGGAGACUGCCUCCACCAGCGGAGAUGGUAGGAUACUGUUUGUGACCUCUAAUGCACAUAACUUUGGAGCAAAUUUUAACCCUGACAACCUCAAUUCUGAGAUACAGUACGACAGGAUGAAAGCUUAUCCCAACACCAAACUCUACAACGUUAUGACGAUUAUUGCCCUCCAGCGUAGGCUUCAGAAUAUGUCAGUCACAGUGUCUGCUCAACAUCCUGGCCUUGUGGCCACUGAGAUUGAGAGAGGGUACAGUGACUGUCGUUUUAUAUCCUUCCUUGGGAGCGUUGCAAAUGCAACUAUUGCCCGUAGUCCUAAGGAUGGAGCAGCCACAACUCUGAACUGUGCCAUCAACCCUGCACUCAACUCCCAGGAAGCCUUCUACUACGACAGCUGUAAAGUGACAGCCCCUAACCCUGACGCCAGGAAUGAGACGUAUCAGGAGGAGCUCUGGAGAAGAAGUGUCAAGGCUCUUAGAGACCACCUCUCACCAGAGAUACUGGAGAAGUACGGAGCACCCCCCUCCCCAACACCCCUUCUCGAUCUGGAUGAGACAGAAAAAGGCAAAGAAAUUGCUACUACUACUGCAACCGAUACUGUUACUGGGACCAAUCAAUAAUUAGAAGACUUGUAUUAUCGAGCAGUGCAGCUACUGUGAUAUCAUUAACUUAUUGCACACACCCAAUAAUAAUCAUUUUAUGUAAGUGUAAAGUUUUUUACC